AUGUCUUCAAGCAUUAUUUUAAUAUUUUUAUUAACUUUUCAAGUUUGUUCUUGCCAAAAUUUAAAAAUAGAACAAGUGCUUAUACUGAGCAGGCAUAAUGUUAGAACUCCUUUGUCUCAAAACCUACAUGAAUUCACUCCAAAGCCUUGGCCAAAUUGGAAAGAAAAAAGUGGAUAUUUAACAGCUAAAGGUGCACUCUUAGAAGGUUUUAUGGGUGAGUUUUUCUCUUCUUGGCUCAUUCAAGAAGGUGUUUUGGCCAAGAAAUGUCCAGAUGAAAAAUCUUUUUAUGUAUAUGCCAAUAUUGCACAGAGAACAAUGGCGUCCGCAGAUGCUUUUAUUAGUAAAGCAUUCCCUCUGUGUAAUAUAACAAUACACCAUACUACUGCUGCCCAAAAGGAUCCAAUAUUCAAUCCUGUAAUACAUAAUGCUUCAAAAACAUUUAAAAUUGAGGCUGUUGAACAAAUGCAGACGUUAUUAAAUUCAUUCCAUUUCCAGACUUCAGAAGAAUGUUUAGAAAAUAUCUUAGAUUACAAAGCGUCAAACUACUGCCUGACUAAGCAAAAAUGUGAUUUAGUCAAUGACAAAAACAAAAUAUUUGUGAAUGUUGGCUUCAAACCAAAUGUAGAAGGCCCUCUCAAAGUAUCAAAGUCAGUUAUAGACUCUUUUAUAAUGGAGAAUUAUGAAGGUUUACCGAUUGAUGAAGUAGCGUGGGGCAGGCUUAAAACGAAUGACGAUUGGAACCUUAUAAUGGAAUUAAGCAAAGGCUACCACAAUGUGAUUUUUAAUACAAGUAUUGUUGCUGAAGACUUAGCUCGACCGUUGCUGACUUUUAUCAAAGAUUUGCUUAUAAACAGACAGUAUAAAGUUACUCUACUCAUGGGCCACGAUGCAAAUAUAUAUACUGUUUUAAAAAGUUUGCGAGUUAAACCGUAUGUGCUUAAUGAUCAGUAUGAAAAAGCGCCCGCAGGUGGCAAGAUUGUAUUCCAGAAAUGGAUGGAUAAUAUUUCUAGUGAGCGUUACCUGAGAAUUGAUUAUGUAUAUCAAACCACAAAGCAAAUGAGAGAGGGAAAGAGUUUGUCUAUGAUUAAUCCGCCUGACUUUAUGCUGUUGGAGUUGGAAGGAUGUGAAAUAGAUGCAAACGGUUUCUGUCCGUGGAAUGACUUUGUGAAUAUAUUAAAUUCCAUUAUAGGAUAG